UGAUUAUCCUAUUGAACCAACCACUAUGCUGACUCCAGGUGGACGCGUUGCUGAGGACAGGUUCAGGUCAGUCUGCAAGCCGGCAGCUGACCCCGCGGAUCCAGGACCAGGGAAGCGAUGAUGGACAGGCCCGAGCCCCGCUUCCGGUUCUCGGCCACGCCCCCUGCUCCCCGCCCCACUCUCCGCUUGGAGACUGCGCCUGCGUGGCGGGCGCGCCGCUGUGUCGUCACCGGCGCGCGCCGUCGCCUUAGCGUUCCUCCGGCUGAGGACUGCGAGGGAAGCGGCGUCAUGGCGAGCUCGGCCGCGUCCUCCGUGCGCCCGCCGAGGCCCAAGAAAGAGCCCCAGACGCUGGUCAUCCCUAAGAACGCGGCGGAGGAGCAGAAGCUCAAGCUGGAGCGACUCAUGAAGAACCCGGACAAAGCUGUGCCAAUUCCGGAAAAGAUGAGCGAGUGGGCGCCGCGGCCACCCCCGGAAUUUGUCCGAGACGUGAUGGGUUCCAGUGCUGGAGCCGGCAGCGGAGAGUUCCACGUGUAUAGGCACCUGCGCCGCAGAGAGUACCAGCGGCAGGACUACAUGGAUGCCAUGGCUGAGAAGCAAAGGUUGGAUGCAGAAUUUCAGAAAAGGCUGGAAAAGAAUAAGAUCGCUGCCGAGGAGCAGACGGCCAAGCGGCGGAAGAAGCGCCAGAAGUUGAAGGAGAAGAAAUUAUUGGCAAAGAAGAUGAAACUUGAACAGAAGAAGCAGAAAGAAGGAGCCGGUCAGGCCCCGGAGCCGCAGUCCAGUAGCUCUGAGGAGGCGUCUGGAACAGAGGAGGAUGAAGAGGAAGAGCAGCCCAGCUUCAUCAUGGGGCGGUGAUGACACAGCUGUCUGGAGCACGGCUCAUGCGUGACCGGGGCGCAGAGCAUCCUGGUGUGCCCAGCAGGGAGAGGAGGCCUUCCUUCAGCCCUCCUCCUAAGGACUCCCUGGGUGGGGAGCCCUGUGGCCUCCUGGGCGGGGCUCAGCCGUGUUCCUGUGGAAAGGAGAGAGGCUUUACGUGCUGCUGGCACAGUUCUCCCAGUAAACCACCAUGACCCUGGGGUGGCACCCACUUGCGGAGCGCUUACAUAGUAAAGCACAGAAAACCGCUGGGUUUCGUUGAGACAUGCAAAAUGUGCAUUACAGAGGCUGUGGGAUGACACAGUGCAGGCGGGCUGCAGGACGCAGCAGGCCCCGUCCUGAGGCGGGUGCUGAGCGCUUGUGUGGCUCUCCUGCCCUCAGCUCCCAGAACAGGCGGGGUGGGCCAAGACUCCAGCACGGGGACUGGUGACGCGAGCUGCUGGAAAAGUGAGGGGUAAUGAGGAAAAUAAGGGGGAAGCUGCUGCAGUGGGGCUGAGCUAGGGUGUGGAGCUCAGGGCAGUGCUGGCCACAGGCUGCAUUUUUACUCAGAAGUGUAGAGAUCUAAACAGGAAAGUGCACAGAGACGUGGCCUUCUCCCUGGAUCUCCCAGAAGCUGCGGUCUGAGAGAAAGGGCUGGCACUGCUGCAGGCUCAGGCUGCCUCAGCACCCUGGGGUCUACCCUGAACCCUGGUGCUUUUAGACCUUUGGGGCACAGGGGGCUAGAGUCUGCUCCAUUUUUGAACCAUUUAUCUCUGAGUACCUAGGUAUGUUUUGUGGACUUACCAGGAACUGAAGGUGGUUUUGAGUGAAAGGAACCCGAGGCGUGUUUGCUGGUGUAGUCAGGUGCCCUCCCCUAUCUCCCGCAAACUCUGGAUCUGCCCGGCAUCUGUGACCACACCUGGCCCUUGUGGUUCAGGUCACAGGCAUUGCUCUUUGCCCAAAGCCGGGAUGGGAUGAAACAUCAGUCUAAUAAACAAGCACCCCCCUGGCCGCGUGUUCGAAGCCUGUGUCUUCUCAGCGGGGCUGGCGGGCUGCCUUUGGUCAGGGCUGUGCCCUGGCUUAAUCCUGUCUCUGCUGGCUCUGGAUUCCACAGACACUCCCUGCUACCCGUGCUAUUGGAGGUGCCAGAGCUUGGAUCCUGAAGCCCCAUCCCUGCGUGUGACCUGACAGACCCACGCACCAUCUCCUCCUCCCUGGCCAGUUUUUGGCCACAGACUAAGAGGGAGCUGGGCUCAGUAUGCGCAGGUGGAAACUGGACUUGGGGUUGCCGUUGCAGAUCCCGGAAGCCAACGCCAGGGCAGG